CUAGGUUUUCGAAACAUGAAUCCUUCACUCCUCCUGACCGCCCUUUGCUUGGGAAUAGCCUCGGCUGCUCCAACACUUGAUCACAGCGUAGACGCGCAGUGGAACCAGUGGAAGGCAGCACACGGGAAACUCUAUAACGAGAGUGAAGAAGGAUGGAGGAGAGCGGUGUGGGAGAAGAAUAUGAAAGUGAUCGAACUGCACAAUUGGGAGUACAGCCAAGGGAGACGUAACUUCACCAUGGCGAUGAAUGCCUUUGGCGACAUGACCAGUGAGGAAUUCAGGCAGGUGAUGAAUGGUUUUCAAAACCAGAAGCACAAGAAGGGGGAAAUGUUCCAAGAACCGGCCUUAGCUGAGAUCCCCCCAUCAGUGGAUUGGAGAAAGGAAGGCUGUGUAACUCCUGUGAAGGACCAGGGUGUGUGUGGUUCUUGUUGGGCUUUUAGUGCAACUGGUGCCCUUGAAGGACAGAUGUUCCGGAAAACUGGCAAACUGGUCUCACUGAGUGAGCAGAACCUGGUGGACUGCUCUCGCGCUCAGGGCAAUAAGGGCUGCAGGGGUGGCCUCAUGGAUAAUGCCUUCCAGUACGUCAAGGACAACAAAGGCCUGGACACAGAGGAAUCCUAUCCGUAUUCUGGAACGGUAAAACACGAUGACACUUGUAAAUACAAGCCUGAGUUUUCUGCUGCCAAUGACACUGGUUUUGUGGACAUCCAUAAGAACGAGAGGUCCCUUAUGAAAGCAGUGGCAAGUGUAGGGCCCAUUUCUGUUGCUCUGGAUGCAAGCCUUGAGUCCUUCCAGUUCUAUGAAAAAGGCAUUUAUUAUGAUCCGGAUUGCAGCAGCGAGGACCUGAAUCAUGGUGUUCUGGUGGUUGGCUAUGGCUUUGAAGGAGUAGAAAUGGAUAACAAUAAAUACUGGAUUGUCAAGAACAGCUGGGGUACAAAGUGGGGCAUGGAUGGCUACAUAAAGAUGGCCAAGGAUCUGGACAACCACUGUGGGAUCGCCUCCCUGGCCUCCAUGGCCAGCUAUCCUAUUGUGUGA